AUGGCGCCCGGUAUGAUGUACGUGCGGGGUGCGCCGAGCGCCUCUGCGCCUCGCGCCAAGAGGACGCCGCUUGGGGCCGCUCUCCGAUGUGGUAGGGCGAGCCCGGCCACGGGGCGCCAAGUGUCCCUGCGAGCGUCGACGACGGCUUCUCCCGCGACCGAGGCGAUCGAGCUGCUCAAGGAGGCGGGGCGCACGCGCAAGGUCUCGGAAGAGAAGGUUCUCGAGGCUCUGCUCUCGGUGACUCGGGCGAAGUCCAAGCCCGAGGCCACGCAGGGCGGGGCCAGCAACUCGUGGCGCGACACUCUCGGCGCUGCCGGGUCAACGCCCGCGGAAGGCAUGGCCGACGGCGCGACGUGGAAGCUCAUCUACACCGUGCCGGCGAAGAAGUGGACCCAGGCGCUCAAGGCGGGCCCGGCGGGCAACGUCGGCGCGUACUGGAAGGACGCCCUCGCCCCCGCGGCGCAGCGGUGGAGUGCGCGAGACAUGGAGAUCGAGAACGGCGUCUUCCCGGCGAACGGCGCGAUCGCCUUCACGCUCCGCGGGCCCUUCGUCAUGUCGGGGCAGCGCCUGUGCUUCGACUUCACCUCGUGCUGCGUCAAGCUCGGGUCGCUGGAGCUGAAGUUUGACAUCGCCAAACCGGAGGAAGCGAAACAGCGGUUCAAGGACUUCAAGGAGUGGGGGGGGAAAGGGAAGACGGACAAGCUGACGCCGAACAAGGUGCCGUUCUUCGUGUUCAAGCACGUGGACGACGGCCUCGCCGUCGCGCAGGGCCGGUCGGGCGGCGUGGCGUUCUGGGUGCGCGUCCCACCUGAAGAGGUGCAGCGGCGCGGCAUCCGGUCACUGCCGACGGGCGCCAAGGCCGCGGGCUCCACGUGA